UUGACAAUUAGAAAUCAAUGUAUGUCCACUCAUUACUACCAUUGUUCGAAGUGUAAUGUAUAUAUAUUUCUAUUCAAACCGAGUCGAGUCCAGGGAUUAAAGAAAUUCUACAUUAUGUCAACACGACAUGUCAAGGAGUAUGUUAAAAGAGUGGCAUCCAUUGACCAAGAACAGUACCCUUGUUGGGAUCUGAGUCGACCUCUACCUAAAUUACCAGUACCAGAUCUCCAAAGAACUUUGGUCAAGUAUGAAAAUAUAUUGCAACCAAUUCUCAGCAUUGCACAACUUCAGAAAACAAAGGAAAUCAUUCGUAAGUUUGGAGAAAAAAGCGGACAAGGCGAAAAUUUACAGGAAUUAUUACUACAGUAUGCAGAUACCAAGGAGAAUUGGGCUUACCAUUGGUGGUUAGAGGAUAUGUACCUAAAAAUAAGAUUACCGCUGCCUAUCAACUCUAAUCCAGGUAUGGUCUUCCCAAGCCAGAGUUUUUCCGACCACAGAGCUCAGUUACGAUACGCUGCCAGAUUGAUAUCGGGGAUAUUGGAUUAUAAGACUAUCAUUGAUGCUCGAGGACUACCUGUGGAUAGAGCACGACAUAAUAAGAAAGGGCAACCCCUGUGUAUGGAGCAAUAUUACAGACUGUUCACAUCCUAUAGGGUUCCUGGGAUCAAAAAGGACUCUCUGACCUCCAAUAAUAGCCACCUUCUCCCAGAUCCAGAACACAUUAUUGUUGUUUGCAAAAACCAGUAUUUUGUACUGGAUGUUGUCAUCAACUUUACACGUUUAAGCGAGGAAGACCUCUUCACGCAGUUGAGUCGGAUAUGUAAAAUGGCAGAAGAGAACCAGGAGAGUGUGGAGCCUGUUGGAAUAUUAACGGCAGCCUAUAGAGAUCGCUGGGCCAUAGCUAGGGGAAAACUUAUGGAAGAAUCGACUAAUCGCGAUUCUUUGGAUGCAAUAGAACGCUCGAUAUUUAUUUUGUGUAUGGACUCGGCUAUCCCUGUUGCACUGAAUCACCGAAAUAGCGUUGACGAAACACAGAGUAACGUAAGGGAUGAUGUUUCACUCGCCAACCAAAUGUUACACGGGCUUGGAACACAUCUGAAUAGUGCCAAUCGCUGGUAUGACAAAACUAUGCAAUUUAUCAUUUCUGAAGACGGAGCAUGUGGCCUAAACUAUGAACAUUCGCCAUCAGAGGGAAUAGCCGUAGUACAACUUAUAGAACAUCUCCUUAAAUAUACGGAGGAACUCGGAAGGAAAUUGGUUCGAAUGCAGUCUAUUUGCGAAUUGCCCCAGCCCCGGCGUCUUCAGUGGAAAAUCAAUAGCGACAUAGGGGCAGACAUUGAGGAAGCUGCUGAAAACAUGAACAGAUUGAUAGAGGACCUUGACUUGUAUAUUCUAAGAUUCGAACGAUUUGGAAGAGAAUUCCCGAAGUCACAGAACAUGAGUCCAGAUUCCUUCAUACAGUUAGCUCUACAACUGACCUACUACAAAAUACAUAGAAAAUUUGUUUCUACAUAUGAGAGUGCGUCUGUCAGAAGAUUUCGUCUUGGACGAGUUGACAAUAUUCGAGCAAACACCCCUGCUGCUUUGGAAUGGGUCCAAGCAAUGACCGGCGAAACGAAAGCUACGGAUAUAGAAAAGAUUGUGCUUCUUCGAAAGGCAAUGCAGUGUCAAACAGACAUUAUGACACAAACUAUUUUAGGUCACGGGAUGGACUGUCACCUAAUGGGAUUAAGAGAAAUUGCCAAUGAACAUGGAUUACCAAUGCCAGAAAUAUUUGCACAUGAGAGCUAUAAAACCUCAAAUCACUUUUCCUUAUCCACAAGUCAGGUUCCGACCACUAUGGACGCUUUCAUGUGCUAUGGCCCAGUUGUACAUGACGGGUAUGGGGUCUGCUACAAUCCACAUCCCAACUGGAUACUUGUGUGUGUGACAUCCUUCAGAAGGCAUCAUGAUACAAAUUCUGACCACUUUGCUUUCACUUUGGAAAGUAGCUUUCUACAAAUGCAGGAACUUUGCCUUAAAACAAGCGAGCCUAGUCAAGUUUGUAAUGGAGAAAGCCUGCACGAGAGGCAAAAAAAUGGAUCGACUUCCGCAGAUAGAAAAAUGUCUCCAGGUCACAGAAAAUUGAAGCUAGUCAGACAAAGAACAAUACCACUUUCGGAAGUUAAUGGAAGAUGAAAACACAUACUAUAAAUAUAUCAUUCUAAUGUAUGGGUUAAAAUCAAGAUUCUGGAAAAUUCUGGAUUACAUAUUUAUUAGUUUUUCGCGAAUGCACCAUGAACAAUUCUUGUUUUCCACAAGUUUCUCGACAGUAUUUGAUUUUUUUCUCAGUCGUGAAAAUUAAUUAUUGCGAAAUACUUGUGAUUAUUACAUGUAGUGAUUAAAAUGGUAACUUUGUAUGAACAAAAUAAUUUAAUAUAGAAUGAGCAAAUCUGUUCACUAGUUACAAACACUUUUAGAGGUAGAAAAA